UAAAGUUUUAAAUGUAAAGUUUUGGUAAUGGAAAAAUUUAUUCCCAUAUAGAUUUUAGUAAAUAUUAUUAUUAUUAUUAUUAAUAUUGCUGUAAUACAGUGAAUACAAAUUUAAAAGAAAACAUUGAAUAGUAACUAAAGAAAAUGCCUAUGCGUAUACCACAACCAAUACAGAUUUGGUUUAAUUCAUUGCAUCAUUAUCGUAAAAAAAUUCAAUUACAAAAUGAUAAAAUAUUAAUAACCGAUAAAUCUAAUGAAAAAUUGAUUGAUUAUAAUCCAUUAUUAAUUGGUGGUAUUGAAAAUUUAUUACUUGAAAUGAUACCAAAACAUACUAAACCAAUGAUAAAAGAUGGUGCUAAUGAAGUUGCUCAAUGGAUUUGUGAAAAUUUAAUUAUGUUAUAUGAUAUAAAUGAUGAUGAUGAUGAUAAUGAUGAUCAUGUUAAUGAUGAUGAUGAUGAUGAUGAUGAUGAUGAUUCUAAUAAAUUAGAUACAAUUAAUCAAUCUAAUAUACAUAGAAAUAAUUUACUUCAUAAUUUACAAUUUAUUACAAUAGAAUUAUUACCAACAAUUAUUUAUGUAUACUUUUGUUUAUUUAUUUUUUUUGGAUCAAAAAAAUCACAUCAAAACAAAUCAAUAACAACUCAUAAAUCUGAUAUAAAAUUUAUGAAAUUUAUAAAUUUUGAUAAAAUUCAUCCAUUUAUAUUAUUAAAACAAAAUGAUGAUUAUUUAUCUAUCAUAAAUAAUCAAUCAAAUAAAUUAAUCAAUUUAAAUAAAUAUACAAAUAAAACAAAAUCACAAAUUAUAAAUCAAUUCAAUAAUGAAUUAUUAUUAAAUAAAUUAGAAAAUAAGAAACUAUCGAUUAAUAAUAAUAAAUCAAUAAAAAAACAAAAUACAAAUAAUAAUAAUAAUAAUAAUAAUAAUAAUAAUAAUGAUAAUAAUAAUAAUGAAUAUGAAACAUUUAAAAAAUCAAUAUCAAUUAAUUAUUUCAAUGAACAAAUGAAUUUAAUUAAUAUUUUUGAAAUUUUUUUAUUAACUAUUUAUCAAAUUUAUCAAAAAAAUUUAUUAAAUAUAAUUAAUGAAGAAUAUUUUAAUCAAUUAAUAUUAUGUAAUUCAUCGAUUUAUUGUGAUGAAUUAUUAAAUUCCAAUGAAUUAAAUAAAAUGAAUAAUGAUAUAAAUAAUAAAAAUUUAUUAAAUCAAUCUACAAUUAUAAAACAAUCAAAUCAAUUUAUGAAUAAAUUAUAUUUAAAUAAAAAAUCUACAGAGUAUACAUUUAAUUCGUACAAUCGUAUGCACAUAUUAACUGCACUAAUGAAACAAUAUAGUGCAUACUCUUCAUCAUGUGUAUCUAAACAAUCAAGAGUAUCACUAUGCAAACUGGCUUGUUUGUUUAAUCCUUUCAAUAACCAAUAUUCAGAGAAUAUGCCAUUACAAUUUGAAGAAUCUGAUUCGGUGGAUGACGAUGGGCAUACUUGUGAUAUGAAUUCCAUGAAACUAGAAGUAAUAAAAGAAAAUGAUAAACAAGACAAUUCAGUUCAUGAGGGAACCAUAUCACAAUCGACUUCACCAAAAACUUUUGGCAAAACAGAAGAGCAUACCUCGAAAGGAAUACAAAAUUCUUAUACAAAAUUGGAGACAAACAAACAAUUGAAAUUCAAUAGAGUAACAGGAUUAAGUUCAAAUUUUGUCACAGAAAUUCUAUUUUCUCUUUAUCCACUUCUGUUUACUGAACAUUCAGAUUUAGCUUAUGAAGGAGUCGAAUCUCUGAAAGCUAGAGCAACGUAUGAAAUAUGGUCAAAUGUAUUAUUAUUGAUUAAUUCAAUAGAAAAAGAUUAUAUUCGAUCAAAAUCAUAUCAUUUAAAAUCUUUUAAAUUGAAUAAUUCAAUAAUUAAUCAAGAAGUAUUCAAUACCAAUAAUUUUAAUGAAUAUUCAAUUGAAGAAAAUAAAUUAAAUUCUGAACAAUUAAGUUUAGCUAGUGCUUAUUGUGGUUUAUGGUCUGGAUUAUUAGGGAAACGAUCUAAUAUACAACAACAUGAAAUAUCAUCAGAAUUAUGUAAUAUAAAAGAUUUAUCCGAUAAACGUUUACAUUAUGUUCGAUUAGCACAAGCUAAAUUUAAACGACCUGUUGUUACAAAUUCUAAUUUUAAAACUAUAAAACUUCCAGAUGAUAUAACACCAUUAUCACCAAUUGAUAUAACUAUUACAAAACAAAAUGAUAACAAGAAUUAUCUUACAAUAUAUAAUAAUAAUAAUAAUAAUAAUAAUAAUUGGAAAAAUUCUAUAGAUGAUUUAAUAAAAAUUGAAGAAUCAAAUCCAUCAUCCAUUUUAUUUACUCGUGAAUGGUUUAAAAAAACACUUUGGAAAGAUAGACAAUUUGAAAAAUCUUAAAAUUGAUUCCUUUUUGUUUUUUUUUAUAGUUUUCAAUGACUUUCUUAGAUUCAUAAUAAUUUUAUUUGAGUAUUAUUUAUACUUAUUACUUAUUGAAUUUUUGAACAUGAAAUAUUUAUUCUUUGCAUUUAUCAAUUCAAAUAAAAUAAUUAUAUUAUACAAGUUUUAUAUGUAUGCUACUUAUAUCAACAUAAGUAGUAUAUGAUUAUUAUUAUUAUUAUUGUUAUUAUUAUUAUAAGCUUUAUUCAACAUUAUAUUUGUGGUACACUAUUGAAUUCUCAGCAUAAAGUAUUUCAACAAGUUUCCUUUUCUUAUAUCUUGAUCGAUUCUGACGAUAAAUAUUGAGUGAUGGCCAGUUAGAUGUUAGGAGUUCGAUAAUCGACAUCUGAAUAAUGUUCAUUCGUUUCAAUGCAUAUUGCAAGCCACUAUGAUGUUGUUGGUUGUACCUUUUUGUAAUCCGUACAGCGAAAAGUUGUAAACUUUUCAUAAACGCGCCUGAAUAGGUUGUGAGCUCAAUAGACAUAAUAGUGUGUUAAAACAAACAAGAAAACAGAUAACUUCAAGAAAUAUUUAGAUGGGAGGAACAGGUAGCCCAGAUAUUCAAGCAGGCCGCCGAUGAUGUUAGUUAGGAACAUAAUGUUUGGCAACAAAGAGAUAAUAGGAUCGAACAGUAAAAAAAAAUGGAAACAGUAUGUAAUUUUUAUGAAAAUGCAAGAACAAAAGAAAAUCUGAGUGAUUUUGAGACAAUAGAUGGACAUUUUGCAAAUUAAGCAUUUACUAUAUGGUUCACAGAUUUUAUUGACAUGCUUUGUAAUGUUGCAUCAAAUAUAAUUG